AAGGAGAAAGGGCGACGGGGAGACAUGCAUCGCCGGCGACGAUGGUGACAUGCGUCGCCGCCGAUGGUGAACACGACGACAAAGUUGGGGUUUUGAGGAAACCAACCCAGAGCCGAGAUGGGUUCUCGAUCUGCCUUUCUGGUUGGGGCCGCGAUGAUGGUGAGAAGAUCUUACCCUCUGCCCUCUGAGAAAUGGGAGCUGCCGG